AUGGCCGACUUCACAGCGGAGUGCAGCUACUGGCAGCUGAGUCCAGACCUCUCCAUCCCUGCCCUGGAGGAGCUCAGCGUGUGUGUCCACCUUCAGCAGCACAUCAGCACACCGGCCUGGACAGCCUUCAUGUAUCGCCACCCUAACGGGCUGCAGGCUGAGCUGGGCCUGGCUGGUCAGGAGGGCCUGGUCCACACCUGGCUGUUUGGGGUGAGGUGGUCAGCCCCCCUCCACCUCCCCCUGGGCCACUGGCACUACAUCUGUAUAACCUGGUCUGGGGCAUCUCACCAGCCAGCCCUCUAUGUCAAUGGGACCAUUGUGGAUGUUACAGCCCAUGCUAAGGAAUCCCCCCUGUCCCCUUCCUGCUGCAGGCUGGCCCCCCACGGCACGCUCACCCUGGGCGUCUCCCACUACUUCAUCCAAGGGGAGAUGCGUGUGAAAAACGGUACCAACCUCAAUGGGAGAGUUUCUCUGUUCCGCAUGUGGGGGCAGGCACGCACCCCUGAACAGGUAUCGGACCUGAGCUGCACAGAGGGGGAUGAGGUGCGCUGGGAUGCUGUUGACUGGCUUACCCUGAGCUGCCCUCCAGUCCCAGACUCCCAUCUACAGUGUGGUGAGGCAUUAACAUUUUAUAUAUAUUUUGAUCGUCUAUAAAUGUAUGAUGAAUGUCAUUCUCUAUGGAAAAACUGAUUGGUGUCCCAUUUUAUGAGCAGCCUUUUUGUCAUGUUUCCAUGUCUCUGGUGGCCUCCUCUGCUGUUCCUGUUAUGUGACCGGACCCAAGUUCAAAUAUUGAUCUUGUGUACUCAUUUCAAUGGUGCAUACACAGGGUGCAUAAUUAAACGUGUUAAACAUCAAAGCUCAUGGCAGAUGUUUUCAUGUCAAUAGAGAUGGUCCUUUUACAUUGUAUUAAGUACACUGAACAAAAAUAUAAACGCAACAUGUAAAGUGUUGGUACCAUGUUUCAUGUGCAGAAAUAGAAGAUCCCAUCAAUUUUCCAUACGCACAAAAAGCUUAUUUCUCUCAAAUGUUGUGUACAAAUUUGUUUACAUCCCUGUUAGUGAGCAUUUAUCUUUUGCCAAGAUAAUCCAUCCACCUGACAAGUGUGGCAUAUCAAGAAGCUGAUUAAAUAGCAUGAUCAUUACACAGGUGCACGUUGUGCUCGGGACAAUAGAAAGCCACUCUAAAAUGUGCAAUUUUGUAACACCACACAAUGCCAUAGAUGACUCAAAUUUUGAGGGAGAGUGCAAUUGGCAUGUUGACUGCAGGAAUGCCCACCAGAGUUGUUGCCAGAGAAUUAAAGUUAAUUUCUCCACCGUAAGACGCCUCCAACGUUGUUUUAGAGAAUUUGGCAGUAUGUCCAACCAGCCUCACAACCACAGACCACGUGUAACCACGCCAGCCAAGGACCUCCACAUCCAGCUUCUUCACCUGCGGGAUCGUCUGAGACAAGCCACCCGGACAGCUGAUGAAAUUGUGGGUUUGCACAACCGAAGAAUUGUGGCACAAAACUGUCAGAAACCGUCUCAGGGAAGCUCAUCUGCAUGCUCGUCGUCCUCACUAGGGUCUUGACCUGACUGCAGUUCGGCGUCGUAACUCACCUUCGAUGGCCACUGGCACACUGGAGAAGUGUGCUCUUCACGGAUGAAUCCCGGUUUCAACUGUACCGGGCAGAUGGCCGACAGCGUGUAUGGCGUCGUGUGGGCGAGCAGUUUGCUGAUAUCAACGUUGUGAACAGAGUGCCCCAUGGUGGCGGUGGGGUUAUGGUAUUGGCAGGCAUAAGCUAUGGACAAUGAAAACAAUUCCAUUUUAUCUAUGGCAAUUUGAAUGCACAGAGAUACCCUGAUGAGAUCCAGAGGCCCAUUGUCGUGCCAUUCAUCCACCGCCAUCACCUCAUGUUUCAGCAUGAUAAUGCACGGCCCCAUGUCGAAAGGAUCUGUACACAAUUCCUGGAAGCUGAAAAUGUCCCAGACAUGUCACCCACUGAGCAUGUUUUGGAUGCUCUGGAUUAACGUGUACGAACAGGAGUGGGACAACAUUCCACAGGCCACAAUCAACAGACUGAUCAACUCUGUGCGAAGGAGAUGUGUUGCGCUGCAUGAGGCAAAUGGUGGUAACACCAGAUACUGACUGGUUUUCUGAUCCACGCCCCAACCUUUUUUUAAGGUAUCUGUGACCAACAGAUGCAUAUCUGUAUUCUCAGUCAUGUGAAAUCCAUAAAUUAGGACCUAAUGAAUUUCAUUUUCAAUUGACUGAUUUCCUUAUAUGAACUGUAGCUCAGUAAAAUCUUAGAAAUUGUUGCAUGUCGCGUUUAUAUUUUUGUUCAGUGUAGAUAUAUAGGUAAGAUAAGUAGCUACAAAUCAGAAGGUAAAUGGGCUAAACACCAAUGCAAUACUUUGUCUGUUAUACAUUGCUACUGAUCAAUGCCAUCAUUUGUGUCAGCCUGGUCUUUAUAUGAAGUUAAAGUCAAGAUCGCCAUCAUCCGCUACGAUGGAAACAGUACAGAUAUAUACAUAGCCAGAGACCUUGCACAUCAAUGGGUAAGCUACUGGGUCACAUUUCACUUACUGUUUGUUGCACAGUGUUUUAAUUGGUUCUAAGAUUACUCAGCAUAUGUAAUGUUCUCCAUUUGAAUGGCUAUGUUACCUUUAUAUCCUUGCAGCUCACACAGAUACUGCCAUCCAACAAAUAUCAUUUGUACAGAGUCUCCGUGUCUGUGUCAGCCAGGUAAGAAAAGUCCCAAAUACACAUUUAGUACAGGUAUAUUGGGGAUUUAUUUAUGCAAUAUUCUAGUCAAUAAUCUUUUCAUCUCAGUUGCAAUCACCCAAUACAAGCCAUUUCACACUUUGACAGUGUUGGUGAGACAUAUGAGGAAGAGGUCGAGGUAAGUGUUGAACUCGACGGAAUGAUGAUACUACACAGUAACAACAAUAACGUGACAGUGACAUAGUUAUACAUGUAUUCUGAUGAUGAUCUGUGCACCUUUUUUAAGCACAGAUGAUAGCAUGUAUUACAAUUUCAAUUCCCCAGGACAAACCAAUAUUGCGGGCUGAAUUUUAUGCAAACCGGUAAGAAAAACAUUACUCUGGUGUUAUUCAUAAGUUUGAAGUUUCCCUUUUUUUUAAAUGGUCUCUUUGACACUACAAUUGGCGCAAAUGAACACAAAAAUAUACUCACUGCCUAACAUGUCCAGGAGCUGAUUGAAGUUAUAGGUUUGGGACUAAAAGGACUUGUCCUUGUUGUUGUUUAAUAAUUGCUGUAAUCACCACACAGCUUUGACUGCCUGGUCCACCUCAACGUGAUCCCCAGCUCUGAUGUCAGUACAGUGCAGAUACAGGUCUCUCAGUUGCUGAACACACCUCACAACUCUGGACAUCUCACACUAACGGCUAACCCCCACAGUAUCCAAGUGAACGCUGUAGGUAAGACACAAAACAUUCCAAAAGGAAUCCCACCUCUGGAGAUAAAGUAAUAACUAAAGAGUAGCUAACUUGGGAGGAAAGGUUACUGAAUGAUUAGGCCCAUUGUUUUUCCUGGUCAGAUCACAUGGUCAGUAGGAUAGAUUCCUGGCCCUAUAUAUGAUAUAGAAGAGUGAUGCCAAUGCAGGUCUAUGGUUCCACUGUGAUGAUGAGAGUGAUUGUUUCUUUCCCCAGAGGACUUCCCCCCUGCCACAAUCAUUCCUCCCAUUGUCAUGGUCACUGGAACCUCUUCUGACACAACCACAGACCUUAGUGUCACGACUGGUGGCAAACUCUCAGGUUAGUGUCUUCCUCAUCUGUUUCAGGAAAUGAUCCAGUCCACCCCUUCUUCCAACCACAAUCAAACUAAUUACAGCAUGUGAUAAUUGUUGGCCUGAAAUAUAUUGGUUUCAAAUAUCUCACACUCUCAGUGUUAAACGUCUUAAUGUUGUCUUUCAUCACAGACAUAUAUUUUGAGGUUGAUGUGAACGUGACCAUUACUGGGUUCUGUGUCGAUCCGGAACUUACUAUGAUUACCUGGGUACGUGAGCUGAAAGCACAGCUUUUCUUCAUUCAAAUGCUUGAUUUCCUGAUGAACCCAGGUUACUCAUCACACUGCUGUUCUCUGACAAUUUCAGCUGAAUGUCACUCUACCUGAUGAGAUGUCUGUUCUGACCUUCCAGCUUUUGGGAAAGGCAAACAGGUAUGUAUCAGUAAAACACUCACUAAUACAGGAAAAACUCAAUUUUGACUGCACUGGGCCAUUAAGAGGUUCAAAUUAAGAGCAAGAGAAAAUCUCCCAUAAUUCCAUUUGUGGGAUAUAGUGAGCCCUUAAUUUGAACCUCUUAAAGGCCCAGUGCAGUAAAAAGUAUGUUUUUCCUGUGUUUUGUAUCAUAUUGUAAAACAGCUGAUGAAACUAACGCUGUAAAAGUUUGUUUAUUUUUGACAAUUUUAAUGGGAACCUAUUACAGUACGGUAGGAAAUUGUUACUCAGAAAUGAUUUGAUAUUUAGAUUCAAACGGCUGAAUUGGGCCUUUAAAGAAAACAUUGGUAAGCAGAGAGUAUCAGUUCAAUCAGUAGGUGUUCUAUCUUUCAGUGUGCAGCAUCCAUCUCCACGAUCAAACACGAUUGAUUCUGAUGGGGUAUGUAUCGGCAGGACAUACAAAUUAUUCUCCAGGUAGUUGAGGCAGCAAGAAAUUGAAUUGUGAUAGAUUAACAUAUUCCCAUUGAAAAUGAAAACUACUUUGACCUACUGGUACUUUUUCUGCUCAAAUAUUCAAGGUCUGUAAGCACUAAACAGUGUAAUUCUUUCUUACAGCCUUCCUUGCUCAAAACGUCAAGGUAUGAUCAUACAAAAGAAUACCACAAAAGUCAGACAUACACUGAGGACAACCAGACACUGCAUGUAAUUUAUAAUAAAAUGGAGUGAACCAUACUAACUAUUUCACCGGAUUAUUUAAUUUAAGAAGUAAGGAUGAAGUAGUUUGGCGCACAGAUGUAUGUAAUGUUUCCCCAUCCAUCCACAGACACGGCUGCCUAUUCCAGAUGCAGGUGACAACGUCAUCAAGUCAAGAGGAGACAAGGACAAGGAUCCGUACAAUCCUGGAGAAGACGUACACCAAUGGCAAGAUAACCAUGGAAAACAAGUCCAAGGACAUCAAUAUCCGUCAUAUACGUAAGCUUCACUUUGUUGAUAUGAAACAAGACCCAUAAAACUAAAAUUGAAUGGACUCUGGUACUGUCUAGAGCAAAAGAGGUUUGAAGAACCAGUACAAAAAUGGCGUUUCCCUUUGAUGUGAAUGAUUUGAAAAUAGACCCUUUGUCCCUGUGAGUUGUGCAGGAGUUGAUGCCUUGUCUUCCUUGUUCCCCAAAGUGCCAGGGAGUUGUCUUGAGCACCGACACCAGACCAGACAGGGCCUGUUUGUGUGGCCGCUCACCUGGGCCCCCCUGACUGCCACGCUGCCAUGUCAGGGAGACCCCAGCAAGACAGCUAGCAGGCUCUGGUGAGACAAGCUGUCAAGCUAAAAUACUGUAGUACAUGAUGUAGUUGGUACAUUAUGGAAGGUGAUGACUAAUUAUCAAUGAUAAAGGGCUCUUGUGGUCUCAAAAAUGGUGUCUCAUUGAACAGCUGAGUUGUAGAGGUUUAUCUUUUCUGGCUCAUUGAUUUUAUAGCCAAUUUCAUCUUGUUGUCAGAGACUAUGUGCUGUCUGCAACAUAAUGACCUAGCUGUCUCUCAUUAACACUAGAAUAGGGCUAUUUGCGUUGAACAAUUAUGACUAAAUCAAUCGAUGACUGUACAUCUGGAAUAUGUCCUGCAAUAAAAACAUGUAUCAGUUAGAGAUAAUAAGCAGAGUUAAUAUUUAAAUUAUAACCAUGAUCAAUUUUAUUAUGGGUGUUAAAUACUGUUUGCGAGGGAUGUGAUAUUGUUUGUCUCUGUUCGCCUCCAUAACAAUAAUUAUGUGUAGGGAAGCAACACUGCAAAUUGUAAACCUACAUAUGUGGUAUCCUAAUUUGAUCACUUUGUUGUCACUGAGAAUUUUCCUGCACUACAGGAAACUCAAAUUUAAAUUUAAUAAAAUUCAAUGAAAACCUCCAGUUCUCUGUCUCUCUCACUCGCUCAAACGUUAAAGCAUCAGACAGAAUACAUGUCCCUACUACUGUAAAUCCUACUUCUGCAACAUUCAAAUGAACUAAAAUGUAUCUGAAAUGCAGCCAAACACAUCAACAACGUCGUUUUAUAUACUGUAGCUUAAUAACACAAGAUAGAUAUUGGUCUUCACUGCUACAUACAAGUGCAUCUGAAAUGAAGCCGUAAGCUACACCUAAACGAUAGCCUAUCAAAACAAAUUUCCCGUUACAAAUUAGCACUUCUUUGAGAAUAAUCAGCCAGGCCCAGCCAAUCAGAAUUAGCUUUUCCCCCACAAAAGGGCUUUAUUACAGACAGAAAUACUCAGGUGGAUGGAUUAUCUUGGCAAAGGAGAAAUGGUCACUAACAUGGAUAUUUAAAAAAAUCUACACAAACCUUUAGAGAAAUAAGCUUUUUGUGUGUUUGGAAAAAGUCUGGGAUUUUUUAUUUCAGCUCAUGGAACAUGGGACCAACACUUUACAUGUAGAGUUUAUAUUUUUGUUCAGUGUACAGUACCAGUCAAAGGUUUGGACACACCUACUCAUUCCAGGGUUUUUCUUUAUUUUACUAUUUUCUACAUUGUAGAAUAAUAGUGGAGACAUCAAAACAAUGAAAUAACACAUAUGGAAUCAUGUAGUAACCAAAGAAUUGUUAAACAAAUCAAAAUAUAUUUUAUAUUUGAGAUUCUUCAAAUAGCCACCCUUUGCCUUGAUGACAGCUUUGCACACUCUUGGCAUUCUUUCAACUGGCUUCAUGAGGUUGUCACCUGUAAUGCAUUUAAAUUAACAGGUGUGCCUUCUUCAAAGUUAAUUUAUGGAAUUUCUUUCCUUCUUAAUGCAUUUGAGGCAAUCAGUUGUGUUGUGACAAGGUAGGGGGGGGUAUACAGAAGAUAGCCCUAUUUUGUAAAAGACCAAGUCCAUAUUAUGGCAAGAAAAGCUCAAAUAAGCAAAGAGAAACGACAGUCCAUCAUUACUUUAAGACAUGAAGGUCAGUCAAUACGGAACAUUUCAAGAACUUUGAAAGUUUCUUCAAGUGCAGUCACAAAAACCAUCAAGCGCUAUGAUGAAACUGGCUCUCAUGAGGACCGCCACAGGAAUGGAAGACCCAGAGUUACCUCUGCUGCAGAGGAUAAGUUCAUUAGAGUUACCAGCCUCAGAAAUUGCAGCCCAAAUAAAUGCUUCACAGAGUUCAAGUAACAGACACAACUCAACAUCAACUGUUCAGAGGGGACAGUGUGAAUCAGGCCUUCAUGGUCGAAUUGCUGCAAAGAAACCACAACUAAAGGACACCAAUAAGAAGAAGAGACCUGCUUGGGCCAAGAAACACGAGCAAUGGACAUUAGACCGGUGGAAAUGUAUCCUUUGGUCUGGAGUCCAAAUUUGAGAUUUUUGGUUCCAACCGCCGUGUCUUCGUAAGCCACGGUGUGGGUGAACGGAUGAUCUCUGUAUGUGUAGUUCCCAUCGUAAAGCAUGGAGGAGGAGGUGUUAUGGUGUGGGGGUGCUUUGCUGGUGACACUGUCUGUUAUUUAUUUAGAAUUCUGCAGCGGUACGCCAUCCCAUCUGGUUUGGGCUUAGCGGGACUAUCAUUUGUUUUUCAACAGGACAAUGACCCAACACACCUCCAGGCUGUGUAAGGGCUAUUUUAGCAAGAAGGAGAGUGAUGGAGUGCUGCAUCAGAUGACCUGGCCUCCACAAUCCCCCGACCUCAACCCAAUUGAGAUGGUUUGGGAUGAGUCGGACGGCAGAGUGAAGGAAAAGCAGCCAACAAGUGCUCAGCAUAUGUGGGAACUCCUUCAAGGUGGAAAAGCAUUCCAGGGGAAGCUGGUUGAGAGAAUGCCAAAGUGUGCAAAGCUGUCAUCAAGGCAAAGGGUGGCUAUUUGAAGAAUCUCAAAUAUAAAAUAGAUUUUGAUUUGUUUAACACUUUUUGGUUUACUACAUGAAUCCAUAUGUGUUAUUUCAUUGUUUUGAUGUCUUCACUGUUAUUCUACAAUUUAAAAAAUAGUAAAAAUAAAGAAAAACCCUUGAAUGAAUAGGUGUGUCCAAACUUUUGACUCGUACUGUAUAUUAUACUCAUUGACUUUGAUAUUUCUGUCUGUCAUCUGUUUGACCAUGGGUGGAUGACACCUGACACACCUGUCCUGCUGACAGUCUGUUGGGUUUUCCAAUCCAUUGGGGCUUCCCAGAUCUGCACCAGUGCCCGUUUGUGGUUGAGACCAUUCCAGACCUAGACAACAUUGAUGUCACUCCUGGUGAGUUGACUUCGCCUGGGUAGUUCUACUGCGUCCAUUUGGGGGACGCACACUGUCUGUGACCAUAAUAGUCAAUGCAUUAUACUUUUUGUGUUUUCAGAGAAUGCUAUGGAUGUGGUGGAGAUGAUAGAGAGCCUGCUGGAGGACCAUCCAGACCUCAACCGCACUGAACUUGACACAGUCCUGAAGAAACUCAAAAACAUUGCUUUCAUCGGCUGUAUGACCCCACCUCUGGGCAAAGCUAUCAUCAACAUCAUCUCCGACAUCUUGGAGUCUAAGAGCUACCUACAGCCUGUGACCAACCAGUGGGUGUUUUCUCUCUGUUCCAUCAGCCCUACGACAUAGAUCAGGUGGUUAAAGAAAUGGAGUGGUGAUCAGGAGGAGGCUUCCUCAAAACCACAUAGUCGUACGAGAUACUCCUGGGAUCCGAUCCAGAAUCCACACUAGCAUACCAAUUAGAAUGAAGGAAUGUAUUGGGUAUGGAUAUUGGAACGUAGCCCUGGACUAUUGAAGCUGUACAAAUGGAUAACAUGUUCUCUCUCUCUCUCUCCUCUCAUUUUCCUGUAUGUUCUGCUAUCAAUAUUUACUGUGUCCUCAACUCUGCCCCCUGCUCUUUGCUCUGCAGAAUACUGAACAUUACAGAGAUGGUAGGUGACAAGAUGUCUUGUUUUGACCAGAGAAAUUACACUUUGCUUGCUUCUGCGAUGGCAAUCUCUGUGGUGGAUGUAGACCCUGGCCAGUUUCAGAUCCUCACUUUUGGCGUCUCGUCUGCUGCAGAGGGCCUAAACCCUGAGGUUAGCACUAAUUCAUUGCCAAACAUUACAAUAGUUAUACUUCUAAACACAAAGUGAUAUAACUCCUCCAUUUUAACCAUCUGUACAGUCAUUGAGAUUAAGAUGGCAUUGUUCUGAUCAUGGCCUUAAUCUUGGUGUUGUAGAUUUAUAUCAACAAGGAUCCGUUCAAAGGGACAGUUGCAUUCAUCUCCCUACCCUCAGCCUUGAAGUACAGAUUUCCUCAACACAGUGGAGCCCAGCCGCGGGUUCAGUUUCAGUUUUAUGGAGUCCCAACUCUCUUCAUGGUAACAGAGUUGUACCACUGCAAGGCCGUCUUUAUUAUGUCAGAACUACAUUGUAUUAUUGGAAAGGAGUAAAUAUCUUGUAUGCUUUUGAUUUCAGAACAACCCGAAUGGGAAGAUCCUUAACACUUAUGUGGUGUCAGCCAGUGUCACCAAUGCCAGUGGCCCCAUCAAGGACCUAGAGGAGGAUGUUGAGGUGACACUGCAUCACGUGAUGUCCAAUCCAGUAUGUGGAACACUUCCUGACAAUAAAUCAACUGAACAACCACUUGUAAAAUGAUCAAUCAAACCCAUAUUUUGCUGCCUGAUCCAAUUUGAUUUUCUCUUGAAGCUUGGUGAGGAGGUGCAAUGUGUCUACUGGGACUUCAAUCAAAAUGGUGGGUGCUAUUAUAAACCACAGAUGAAUAAUCAAGCAAAUGAAAUCCUAAUAUUUUGGAAAGUGUAUACUCAGAGUUGAUUUGUGUAGUGUGUGUGUGUGUGUUAUAGCGGAGGCAUAUUAUUACUUAUACUUAAAUUACUUAAAUUACUUAUACUAUAUUAAUAUAUUAUACAUGGUAUUUAUAUAAUAUUUAUCAAUAUGGUACUUAUAUUAAUUAUUAUACAUAUUUUAUUUUACUACAGAAGGUAAGGGAGGAUGGGAACAGCACGGAUGCAGGAAGCACAACACCAGUGCUGACUAUACCACAUGCCUGUGUGACCACCUCACUCAUUUUGGAGUACUUCUGGUAAUGACCCUCUUUUAAAUGCACCAAGGGUGGUUACCUUACAAAACUGUACAUAAGCUUUGUUCUUACCACGAUGUUCUCCUCUACCCCACUGUCCUCCCUUGUAUUGUAGGAUGUAUCCAGGACUCAAAUCGACAUACCAAAUGAGGAAAUUCUGACCAUCAUCACUUAUCUGGGCUGUGGUGUAUCCUCUGUCUUCCUGGGAAUCACUGUAUUGACAUACACAGCAUUUGAGUAAGAAUCAAUUCAGUUACAUGUACACUCUGCACCUUCAGUUUUUGGAGUCUUCCUGUUUUCACACUGUAUCAUCUUUGUGUGUUUUGUAAAGUAACUUACAGCAUUCUUACCACAGACUCCUCCUUUUUUUCAUACACUUUAUACCAUCUGCUCGAUUCUUGCCCUCUCAGCUUUCUCUCCAUCUCACAUAUCCCCAUUUUCCCUCACAGGAAGCUCCGCAGAGACUACCCAUCCAAGAUCCUCAUUAACUUGUCUCUGGCGCUGCUGGGGCUCAACAUGGUUUUCCUGGUCAACUCCUGGCUCUCCUCCUUUGGCAGCUAUGGGCUCUGUGUGGCGGUGGCUUCCGCACUGCACUAUUUCCUACUGGCCUCUUUCACCUGGAUGGGCCUGGAGGCUGUGCACAUGUACUUUGCAUUGGUCAAAGUCUUCAAUGUUUAUGUGCCUUCCUACAUCCUAAAGUUCUGCUCCCUAGGAUGGGGUGAGAUCAACUUCGUUCAAUUAGAACAUUACGAAAUCCUACGGUCUUUAACCACAGUUAUCCGUAUUUCCCCUUACUCCUAUCAAUUGAACCAUAUCACCCGUUCUCCUUCUCCAUCUUCCUCCCCUCUUGCAGGAAUCCCUCUGGCUAUAUGUUGCAUAGUUCUGGUUGUGAAGAGAGACUCCUACGGCAGCUCCCUCGGCAGCGAGUCCAUGGAACCACUAGAUAACUCUGAGGCGUUGUGAGUAUUAGAUUAAUCGUGUUGUACUUUAUUGUUCCCUUUCACUAUCAUUAGAUGAGCAGCGCCUUUUUCUGACACUGAAUAACAUGUAUCUGACACUCAAUGUCAAACUUUAUAUAGUUCAAUUGGGCUACGUGUAGAUCAUGAAUGACCAUUGUGAGGUACUAGCGUCUGUAUAGUAUAUCUGUGUAUUGUAGAUUUUGGCAGGGGCGCAACUUUGGUUUCAGAAUGUAGGGGGGACAUGUCCCCGUCCCCCCCCCCCCCGUCCCCAGUGAAAGUUGCGCCCCUGGAUCCUGGACUGAGGUUGUUAUUCUGAUGUGUAGAUAAAAUCCCUCUCUCUCCUAUUAUCAGCUGCUGGAUCCAGGAUGAAGUGGCUUUCUAUGUGUCUGUGGUGGGCUACAUUCUGCUGGUGAUGCUGUUCAACAUGGCCAUCUUCGUGGUGGUCCUGGUCCAGAUCCGCCACAUGCGGGUCAAUCAGCCGGCUGGCAUCCACAGCGGCCUCCUUCUGCAGGACCUGAAGGGGGUGUCCAGUCUCACCUUCCUGCUGGGUCUCACCUGGAUUGUGGCUUUCUUCGCCUGGGGGCCAGCCAAGGUUCCCUUCCUCUACCUCUUCUGUGUCCUCAACAGUCUGCAAGGUGAGUGACUGCUGCCAGUCGUUUAUCUGUUUAAAGCAUGCUAGCUGUUCCUGUAGACUUCCAGUCAUUGCGCUAACGCUAGUUAGCAAUGGCUCCAGAAACUACCUUCAAACUGCACGCAGAGAUAAAAAUGAUAUCCAUGAGUUCAUCUGACUCUGGGUAACUAGAAAAAACUGAAUUGCCAAAAUGUCGCACUAUCCUAUCAUAGGGUAGAAGGUACAGUGGGGGAAAAAAGUAUUUAGUCAGCCACCAAUUGUGCAAGUUCUCCCACUUAAAAAGAUGAGAGAGGCCUGUAAUUUUCAUCAUAGGUACACGUCAACUAUGACAGACAAAAUUAGAAAAAAACAUCCAGAAAAUCACAUUGUAGGAUUUUUAAUGAAUUUAUUUGCAAAUGAUGGUGGAAAAUAAGUAUUUGGUCAAUAACAAAAGUUUCUCAAUACUUUGUUAUAUACCCUUUGUUGGCAAUGACACAGGUCAAACGUUUUCUGUAAGUCUUCACAAGGUUUUCACACACUGUUGCUGGUAUUUUGGCCCAUUCCUCCAUGCAGAUCUCCUCUAGAGCAGUUAUGUUUUGGGGCUGUCGCUGGGCAACACAGACUUUCAACUCCCUCCAAAGAUUUUCUAUGGGGUUGAGAUGUGGAGACUGGCUAGGCCACUCCAGGACCUUGAAAUGCUUCUUACGAAGCCACUCCUUCGUUGCCCGGGCGGUGUGUUUGGGAUCAUUGUCAUGCUGAAAGACCCAGCCACGUUUCAUCUUCAAUGCCCUUGCUGAUAGAAGGAGGUUUUCACUCAAAAUCUCACGAUACAUAGCCCCAUUCAUUCUUUCCUUUACACGGAUCAGUCGUCCUGGUCCCUUUGCAGAAAAACAGCCCCAAAGCAUGAUGUUUCCACCCCCAUGCUUCACAGUAGGUAUGGUGUUCUUUGGAUGCAACUCAGCAUUCUUUGUCCUCCAAACACGACGAGUUGAGUUUUUACCAAAAAGUUCUAUUUUGGUUUCAUCUGACCAUAUGACCUCUUCUGGAUCAUCCAAAUGCACUCUAGCAAACUUCAGACGGGCCUGGACAUGUACUGGCUUAAGCAGGGGGACACGUCUUGCACUGCAGGAUUUGAGUCCCUGGCGGCGUAGUGUGUUACUGAUGGUAGGCUUUGUUACUUUGGUCCCAGCUCUCUGCAGGUCAUUCACUAGGUCCCCCUGUGUGGUUCUGGGAUUUUUGCUCACCGUUCUUGUGAUCAUUUUGACCCCACAGGGUGAGAUCUUGCGUGGAGCCCCAGAUCGAGGGAGAUUAUCAGUGGUCUUGUAUGUCUUCCAUUUCCUAAUAAUUGCUCCCACAGUUGAUUUCUUCAAACCAAGCUGCUUACCUAUUGCAGAUUCAGUCUUCCCAGCCUGGUGCAGGUCUACAAUUUUGUUUCUGGUGUCCUUUGACAGCUCUUUGGUCUUGGCCAUAGUGGAGUUUGGAGUGUGACUGUUUGAGGUUGUGGACAGGUGUCUUUUAUACUGAUAACAAGUUCAAACAGGUGCCAUUAAUACAGGUAACGAGUGGAGGACAGAGGAGCCUCUUAAAGAAGAAGUUACAGGUCUGUGAGAGACAUAAAUCUUGCUUGUUUGUAGGUGACCAAAUACUUAUUUUCCACCAUAAUUUGCAAAUAAAUUCAUAAAAAAUCCUACAGUGUGAUUUUCUGGAAUUUUUUUCCUCAAUUUGUCUGUCAUAGUUGACGUGUACCUAUGAUGAAAAUUACAGGCCUCUCUUAUCUUUUUAAGUGGGAUAACUUGCACAAUUGGUGGCUGACUAAAUACUUUUUCCCCCCACUGUAUAUAGGGUAUAACCUGAUGCCAGUGUCACCGGUGUGUUUUAGGGUUCUUUAUAUUUCUGUUCCACUGUCUGAUGAAGGAGAAUGUGAGAAAACAAUGGAGAAUCCAUUUGUGCUUUGGCCGCUUCAGACUCCAAGACUACUCUGGUAAUGCAACCACAUAUCAAUAUACUGUAAUAUAACCACCCAAAUCAGAAAUUCAAUUACUGUUUGACCAUUAUCAGAAUAAAUCAAAUGUUCAUAAAAACAGUUUUUAUAUAUUUUAUGGUGAUCUGAAAAUCAAAAGUUAUGGAUGUAUAACUUGUCUUGUUGUUCAGAGUGGAGCCAGACUGCUACAGUUGGUGCCAAAUCCAGACCUAACCCUCUGGUACGCAUGCCCUCAGUGAGGUCCAUCAAGUCCAGUGCCACAGACAGCACCUCUGCCUCCUCCGACUCCAGUCAACGACAGGUCUCCAUCAGAAGACCUAACUUGGGUGAGAUCCCAUUUUCUUCCAAGCAAGAAUGAUUCUGAUGUAUUAUUAUUCUAUGAUGAUGUUAUAAUGAGUGAUUAGAGCUAGAGUGCCUGGUGUAGAAAUAUAUGUUCUGCUUGUUUCCCCUUGGUUGGAAGACCUUGUGUAUGAGAAUAACUUGGCACUACCACGUGUCCCACGCAUCUCCGCUCCUCUUCCUCACAAGAGCGCCUCUUUCCCAGAGGAGGGGCACUACGAGGGGCCCUCUUGGCAAGACGGAUCUCACCCAAGACAUCGUCUACCUAUUCCAUAA